CCGAGAUCACAUAGUGUGUUAAAUAUGCCUUUAUGAUACUGCUUCUGAAAGUUGACAUGACAAACAAAAUGAAGAUAGGUGGUGCUGAUUGGCAGGUUCUGGGCUCUCUGAGUGUCAGUGAAGGACUCUUUUCACUAGGGAACAGGUAAUUCACCAAAGCACCUGCCUAGCUGGGCAUGUAGAAUUGGCAGCAGCUGUGCAGCUGAAGAGGGAUUAUUGAGCAGGUGGUUAAAGAAUCACAUGCCACAGUGACAAGAAAAUACUUGGUCUUCCGUGGUUUAGGUUCAGUUCAUAUGUGUGAAAUUGCUCUUUGUUUCACAUUUCUUAAUGCCUGAUGCUGGUUUGUUGGUGAGACGAUAAUAGAAUAGAGAAAAGAGAUUCUUUCUCUAUUUUUCUUUUAGAUUACUAAGUAGCAUGCCUUAGACAUGGUCCUAGAUGGCCCUAUUGUAUUUCUGUGAUUUCUGGCUUUAUGCCCUAUGAAUGGGUAGGAAAUAGUGGUAAUUCAGUGUUUCUAGUACUUGUUUAUUAGGGGGAAAUGGGAAGGAGAAAAUUCUCUGAGUGUGGUGAAAAAGAUUCAGUCCAUUGGGAGGAUACCCAGCAGGUUUUAUGCAGAGGAUGUAAUUGACAUUUUGUGUUAAGUCUACCUGGCAUGCCUAGCUCAAAAUUUGCAUGUGUUUUUACUUUACAAAUGUAAUUCUCCACAUGAAGUUUGCAUCUCUUCAGUUGUUUGUUUUAUUCCAUUUUUAGUUUCUCCCAGCACCUUUAUAGCUUUUUUUUCUGGCUAUGACUUGUUAGAGUCAGAUCAUUACCAGAGGGCCAAAUCAUGUUAAGGAAAUAGCACAACUAAAUAUUUAUCUUAAAAAUAAGUACAGCGUUUCCUACAACUUGGAGAAGGAAUUUCUAUUUUGAGUUUUUAAAAAAUAAAUUUCCAGAUUUUCCUUAAACGUUAUCAUCAUCUUCUGAGUAUUUUACUUUGCUUUCAUAUGUUCAGCCAGUAGAUAGUGUCGCAGAUUCUGACAUUUUUAGAGCCCUCAAGUCACUUACUUUGUGUAUUAGGCCAGCUGACCGUGCUGCUACUUCUGUUGAGCCAUGUACACACAGUCACAAUCUAAUUGAAUUCACAGGGUAUUGAUUAACAGUUGAUUGAAAGGAAAUAGGUAAUAUUAACUAUUUUAAAGUUCAGAAAUCCCUUUUUCCCUGACUCCAGGUAGAGUGAAGGCACCGACCUGUUAGAAUGAGAGUUUUAGAGAAAAACUUGGAGGUUCUGCGGUCAGAGCCAGAGAAUCUGCUCAAACCUGGUUUAUAACAUAGGUUUAAGUAGGAGCCCAGUGAUAGCAGUUUUUGCAUAAUACUUCUAGGAAAGAAUAUUAACUUAUUUCCCCUUAUGAGGCCAUCACAGUUUGUUUUAACUGUCCACAGACUACCAUAUACUUUCUUAGCUUUCUCAGUAGUUUGCUUCCUCUUGCUUUCCCCCUCCCCCAUCUCUCAUCCUGCUUCUCUGCUCUGAAGACUUCUCUAGCAGCUUGGAAACACUCUAAUUACUGUAGCUAUUAUAGUCACAACCCAGAUCUACCACCUCCUUCCCACUCACCCCUUUCUAUCUUCCUUUCCCCUCCCUUUGCUCAAGCAGCAGGAGUUGAACUGCAGCCUCAUGAGCACAGUCAGAUCUGUGAAUGAGCUUUAUAUCUUGUCAAGGCAGAACUCCAGAUCCAACAGGGCUGAUUUUUCAUGGUUCUCUUGCUGUUUGUUCUUGGAUCAGAGUCCUAGAAAUAAGGGGUGGCAGAUACCCAUUAGGUCAUAUCUAGUCCAUCACUCAGGGGCAAGCCUAGGCUAUUUCUCUUGUCUCUGUGAGCAUUUUUUCUUUUCUUGUGCAGGUGAGAGCCGUCUGAUGCCAGGCAAGCUCUGAAACUGCCUUCUUUUUAUUACGCUCUCUGGUCAUUAGUGUCUGGCCAACUUUCUCUCUUGGAUUUUUAUUCUUACCCCAUAACUUGUUCCCAGUAAUAUCGUCUCUCCUUCAGCUUCAUUCCUUUCUUCUUGGUUGUUAACACAGCUUUUGUACCAUCAGUUUUCUGUGUCAGAUGCUACCAUUUUCAACCUUUGCCACUAGGGUCAUUGUGGCAUCCUUUUAAGGAGGUUCAUUUGAUGAAGUACAGGAUACACAUGUAUCUGAGCAAGUGGUAAUUAAUAAGGUGGCUUGGAAAAUAAGUGCAAAGUUGUGCCCUUAAGAAACCUGUAUAUUGUAUGAACAAAUGCUGCUGCUUUCAGUUUGAUUUGGGUACUUCCUGUUCUAACCCUUUGUUCUCUUUAUGUGGAUGAAUUGUAUUUUUGUGUGGCUUAGUUACACUGAAGUUAUUGUCUGAUUUAGUAGUGUCGUAUGUUUUCCUUGCUAAUGUGGCUUUUCAAGGUGUAGAGUGAAAAGGCAUAGAAUGAGGGGUCCUAAAACCCAGGUUCUGAUCACUACUAACAUGCCUCUAACUGGCUGUGUGACCUUGUGCUGGUCAUUCCUGUUUUCACUUAUCUGUAAAAUGAGUACAUUAGACAAGAUCAUCUCAGAGGUUCCAUUUAACUAUGGCACUUUAUGACAUCAAGAAUGUGAUGGAAAAACAGGACAAAAAUGAUUGAAAAAAGUGAGUUUUUUUUUUUUAUUACUGUGUGAAAAAUAUAGUCAGUAUUCAGUAGGGCUAAUGAGUGCAGCCUUAGUUCCCUGGGGCUUGACUCUCAUUCCUCUUUGAUGUGUUUGUAAAGCUUAUGCUGUGCUUUUUUUACUAGGCCAUUUUCUUUUGGAGAGUCCUGUACCCUCAUUCUGCAGGUUCACCAGCUUGUCAAAUGUAUUUCUUUUUUAGUCUGCUCAAGCCACAGGAGUGGAAUCAGAAAGCUUCAGAAAGGAAAAUUUGUAAGAAGGCAGUCACACCUGGAAGGAUUUGCCAGCAAUGAUGUUGUCCACUGGGCAUGUACUGACCAAUGUGGCAGGUCUGAGAACAUAGCUGAAGCUGAAAAUAGGAAAGCUGGGGCAAGGAAGAGCCUUGAAUCUUGAGGUGGGACGUUGACUCUAAGAUGUCCUUGAGCAGUGGAGCCUCCGGAGGGAAAGGAGUGGAUGCAAACCCGGUUGAGACAUACGACAGUGGGGAUGAAUGGGACAUUGGAGUAGGGAAUCUCAUCAUUGACCUGGACGCCGAUCUGGAAAAGGACCAGCAGAAACUGGAAAUGUCAGGCUCAAAGGAGGUGGGGAUUCCAGCUCCUAAUGCUGUGGCCACACUGCCAGACAACAUCAAGUUUGUGACCCCAGUGCCAGGUCCUCAAGGGAAGGAAGGCAAAUCAAAAUCCAAAAGGAAUAAGAGUGGAAAAGACUCUAGCAAACCCACUCCAGGGACUUCCCUGUUCACUCCGAGUGAGGGGGCAGCUAGCAAGAAAGAGGUGCAGGGACGCUCAGGAGAUGGUGCCAAUGCAGGAAGCCUGGUUGCUGCUAUUGCUCCCAAGAGCUCAGAGAAGGUGGCUAAGGCGUCCCGCAGUGUAGCCGGCUCCAAAAAGGAGAAGGAGAACAGCUCAUCUAAGAGCAAGAAGGAGAGAAGCGAAGGAGUGGGGACUUGUUCAGAAAAGGAUCCUGGGGUCCUCCAGCCAGUCCCCUUGGGAGGACGGGGUGGUCAGUAUGAUGGAAGUGCAGGGGUGGACACAGGAGCUGUGGAGCCACUUGGGAGUAUAGCUAUUGAGCCUGGGGCAGCGCUCAAUCCUUUGGGAGCUAAACCGGAGCCAGAGGAAGGGGAGAAUGAGUGUCGCCCGCUAAAGAAAGUCAAGUCUGAAAAGAUGGAGUCCCCUGUCUCUACACCAGCGGUGCUGCCACUGCACCUUUUAGUGCCAGUGGUCAAUAAUGACAUCUCAUCCCCCUGUGAGCAGAUCAUGGUUCGUACCCGAUCAGUCGGAGUCAACACAUGUGAUGUGGCUUUAGCCACAGAGCCUGAGUGCCUGGGCCCCUGUGAACCUGGAACAAGUGUCAAUCUCGAGGGCAUCGUGUGGCAGGAAACAGAAGAUGGGAUGUUGGUGGUGAAUGUAACAUGGAGGAACAAGACAUACGUAGGCACACUUCUAGACUGCACACGGCAUGAUUGGGCACCCCCCAGGUUCUGUGAUUCCCCCACCAGUGACUUGGAAAUGCGCAACGGUCGGGGUAGAGGCAAGCGCAUGCGUCCCAACAGCAAUACCCCUGUCACUGAGACAGCUGCAGCCUCUGACAGCAAAGGGACCGGCAGCAGCAGCAAAACCCGUGCAGGAGCCAACAGCAAAGGCCGUCGCGGCAGCCAAAAUUCUUCAGAGCAUCGCCCACCUGCAAGUAGCACCUCUGAGGAUGUCAAGGCCAGCCCUUCCUCAGCUAAUAAGAGGAAAAACAAACCCCUUUCGGACAUGGAGCUGAAUUCUAGCUCAGAGGACUCCAAAGGGAGCAAGCGUGUUCGUACGAAUUCCAUGGGUUCGGCCACUGGCCCCCUCCCUGCGACCAAGGUGGAACCCACUAUGCUAGACAGAAAUUGUCCCUCCCCUGUCCUUAUUGACUGUCCCCACCCAAACUGUAACAAAAAGUACAAGCACAUCAAUGGACUUAAGUACCACCAGGCUCAUGCCCACACAGAUGAUGAUAGCAAGCCAGAAGCAGAUGGAGACAGUGAGUAUGGAGAAGAGCCCGCCCUCCAUGCAGACCUUGGGAGCUGCAAUGGUGCAUCUGUCUCACAGAAAGGUUCCUUGUCCCCUGCCCGCUCAGCUACCCCCAAAGUUCGGCUCCUAGAGCCCCACAGCCCUUCUCCCUCAAGCAAAUUCAGCACAAAAGGCCUCUGUAAGAAAAAGCUGAGUGGGGAAGGGGACACAGACCUUGGAGCCUUAUCCAAUGAUGGCUCUGAUGAUGGACCCUCAGUAAUGGAUGAAACAAGCAACGAUGCCUUUGAUUCUUUGGAAAGGAAGUGUAUGGAAAAAGAAAAGUGUAAAAAACCCUCUAGUUUGAAACCAGAAAAGAUUCCUUCCAAAAGCCUAAAGUCAGCCCGGCCCAUUGCCCCCGCCAUACCCCCGCAGCAAAUCUACACCUUCCAGACAGCCACCUUCACAGCAGCAAGCCCAGGAUCCUCCUCGGGCUUGACCACCACGGUGGUUCAAGCCAUGCCCAACAGUCCCCAACUCAAACCCAUUCAGCCCAAGCCCACUGUGAUGGGAGAGCCUUUCACAGUCAACCCUGCCUUGACACCAGCCAAGGACAAGAAGAAGAAAGACAAAAAAAAGAAGGAAUCUUCAAAGGAACUUGAAAGUCCUCUGACCCCAGGGAAGGUGUGUCGAGCCGAAGAAGGCAAAAGCCCAUUCAGGGAAUCGUCAGGAGAUGGGAUGAAAAUGGAGGGGCUCCUAAAUGGCUCAUCAGACCCCCACCAGAGCCGGCUGGCUAGCAUCAAGGCUGAAGCCGACAAGAUCUACAGUUUCACAGACAAUGCCCCCAGCCCUUCCAUUGGCGGCAGUAGUCGCCUGGAGAGCACUACCCCUACCCAGCCCAUGACUCCCUUACACGUAGUGACCCAGAAUGGAGCCGAAGCCAGCUCAGUCAAAACCAACAGCCCUGCGUACUCUGACAUCUCUGAUGCUGGGGAGGAUGGGGAAGGCAAAGUGGACAGUGUCAAAUCAAAGGACCCUGAGCAGUUGGUUAAGGAAGGAGCUAAGAAAACGCUUUUCCCCCCUCAGCCGCAGAGCAAAGACUCACCAUAUUAUCAAGGCUUUGAGAGUUAUUACUCUCCAAGUUACGCACAGUCCAGCCCAGGAGCUCUGAAUCCCAGCAGCCAAGCAGGAGUGGAGAGCCAGGCCCUGAAGACAAAAAAAGAUGAGGAGCCAGAGAGCAUAGAGGGGAAAGUGAAGAAUGACGUCUGUGAGGAAAAGAAAGCAGAGCUGAGCAGUUCCAGUCAGCAGCCCUCCGUCAUCCAGCAACGUCCCAACAUGUACAUGCAGUCCCUGUACUACAACCAGUAUGCCUACGUGCCCCCCUACGGCUACAGCGACCAGAGCUACCACACCCACCUCCUGAGCACAAACACGGCUUACCGGCAGCAGUAUGAAGAGCAGCAGAAGCGGCAGAGCUUGGAGCAGCAGCCGCGGGGACUGGACAAGAAGGCAGAGUUGGGCCUGAAGGAGCGGGAGGCAGCACUCAAGGAAGAAUGGAAGCAAAAGCCUUCUAUUCCCCCAACUCUCACCAAGGCCCCCAGCCUCACAGACCUGGUCAAGUCAGGACCCGGCAAGGCCAAGGAACCAGGGGCAGACUCUGCCAAGUCAGUCAUUAUCCCCAAGUUAGAUGACUCUUCCAAACUGCCCAGCCAGGCCCCAGAGGGACUGAAAGUGAAGCUGAGUGAGGCCAGCCAUCUAGGCAAGGAGGCCUCUGAGGCUAAGACUGGUGCUGAGUGUGGCCGACAGGCGGAGGUGGAUCCCAUACUCUGGUACCGACAGGAAGCAGAGCCCCGGAUGUGGACGUACGUUUAUCCUGCCAAGUACUCAGACAUAAAGUCAGAGGAUGAGCGGUGGAAAGAGGAGCGGGACCGCAAAUUGAAGGAAGAAAGGAUUCGGAGUAAGGACUCUGUCCCCAAGGAGGAUGGGAAGGAAAGCACAAGUAGUGACUGCAAGCUGUCCACGUCCGAGGAAUCCCGUCUCGGGAACAAGGAGCCCCGACCAAGUGUCCACGUGCCUGUGUCUUCUCCCCUCACCCAGCACCAGUCCUACAUCCCCUACAUGCACGGGUACUCCUACAGCCAGUCCUAUGACCCCAGCCACCCCAGCUACCGGGGCAUGCCUGCUGUGAUGAUGCAGAACUACCCAGGUUCCUACCUGCCCUCCAGCUACUCUUUCUCCCCAUAUGGCAGCAAGGUCUCAGGGGGUGAAGAUGCCGACAAGGCACGAGCCAGCCCCAGUGUCAGUUGUAAAUCCAGCUCAGAGUCCAAAGCCCUGGACAUCUUACAGCAGCAUGCCAGUCACUACAAGAGCAAGUCUCCCACGAUAAGUGAAAAGACUUCUCAGGAGAGAGAUCGGGGAGGCUGUGGGGUGGUUGGGGGUGGUGGCAGCUGUAGCAGCGUCGGGAGUGCCAGCGGGGGAGAAAGGAGUGUAGAUCGGCCACGUACCUCCCCGUCCCAGCGGCUGAUGUCCACACACCACCACCACCACCACUUGGGAUACUCAUUGCUCCCAGCACAGUACAACUUACCUUAUGCAGCAGGGCUUUCUUCUACAGCCAUUGUUGCCAGCCAGCAAGGCUCCGCGCCCUCACUCUAUCCACCACCCCGGAGGUGAGAAUGAACACCAAGUGCCCGGAUAAAGUCAGCUUCACGGGCCCGGACUGGCUCACCCAAGGAGGUGCUGGAGGUGCCAUUUAGACAUCAGUUAAAUGGUGUUGAUCAUCCUGUUUGCCGUUUCCACCAUGACCGAAGGCAGACCCUUGGCUAUCUUGCCUCCACCAGACCCCUGGAUUCCCCGACCUUCCCUCUUCCUAAGGAGCUGGAGAGCUGGUACUUAGCAAAAAUAUUUAUUCUCUCGGCCACAGUUGUGACUGUUGUGGCCUCUGUGGAGAUGAAGGCAUGGGGAGCAACCAGGGAAACGUGGCCUCAGCCCAGAGAAGUCACUGCUCUGUUCCCCAAGCCCCUGUCAGCUGCCAGAGCAGUACCAUUACCCCCGGGGAGGGCCCCCCCCCCCCCCCCCAAGCACUGGGUAAGGUCUGAAGACAGCACAGCAGCCAUACCCCUCUCACCGUCAUUGCCGCCAUCACCAGACCCUGCAUCUCUCCAGUGGUUUGGGCCCUGGGAACCGGGAGCACGUGGAGGAAUUAGAAUCUCAGGAAAGAAAUUGGGGACUGUUUUCUCUGUAAUUGUGAAAACAGGGUCUUCCGGCGUGAAGACUUCUCCCCUCUCACAUGAGCACAUAGAAAUGCUCAGAUCUUAGCCUGGAAGGGAAGACCAAGGCAUUUGCCCCACCAUGGUCUUGAGUAACCUGCCAGGCAGAGGGCAGGGGUCCCAAUACCAGCACAGGGCUCCCCGGGAGCACCGGGAAUGAGCUGGAGCUGGAGCGUGAAUGGAGUCUGUGGAGUAGAACCUGCACCCCCACCAAUUCCUGCUGCUCCUUAGUCACCAACUCCUUGCCCUUUCCUCUCUUCCCUCCUGACCCCUUGGUGCCUUUCCCAGGGGGAGCCCAACGCUCAUCUCUCCUCUUGUUUUCCACUGCUUGGCUCUUCAGACUCGGGCAGGUAAAAGAGUAUUCCGCCCCCCCCCCCCAGCACGGGGACCCUUGGUGUCUGCCAGGUCACCUUAGGGCAAAGUCCAGGAGGCAGAGCUAGGGGCACCUGGCAGUUCACAGAGAAGUCCUGUCUGUUCAGCCAUCUGAGCAUCCUCCUCAUUUAGGGCCACAGACAUACAAUCCGGUUCCUCUCUACACAAGCCCGUGGUUUUUACAUCGCUCCGCCCACAGCCUGUGUGUGCCAGUGUAAGCUGUGUUUCUUCGUGACACGGUUUUCAGGGGCCACUGAUCAUGGAGGUUUUAUGGUCCUCAGAUCCUGGGAUGACACAUCCAAGCCAUUACUCCUCAGGCCUCUGCGCCUUGAGGCAGCAGACACUUCUCCGCUCUCCUUAGAGCAGCAGUCUCCUCGUCCAGGCUUUAUGCUCUUUGUGCUGAGAAAGUGAUGAUUUGGUAGCUUUACUGGAGUCACUUCUUCCCCAAGGUACGGGGAGCUUUAACUCUUACUUUGCUUUUGGAUCAUCCCUUUGUUCUUCUCUCCUGUCUUCCCUUGACCUGAAUUGGAAGAUAAAGACUGACAGACACCAAGAGUUCAGAAAAGGCUGUCGGUGACCAGAGUGCCAAAGGUGACACUGAAGAGCAGAGGCUUGGUUUGGCGUGCAGGUGGAGGCCAGUAAGCACAAUGUCUAGCUGGGGCGUUUCCAAGAUCCUGGAACCCUUCUCCAGGGAGAAUUUAAGGUCAUUUGCUCAAGAGGAGCUUCUCUGACCCAGGUAGACUUUUUCUCUAGCUUUCCAUGUCCUUGUUUCUGUUCAAGUUGGGUUCUGAGCCCUCUCACUUUUAGCCCUCUUAGCAGGCUUCCAGGCAGCCUCCCUCUCCCGUCAUUCCCUCUGCUUCCUGCUCUCCCAGCAGGCAGUGCUCUGAGCAGUGACUUCCCUGUCAUCCAUGGAAGUAGUGGGUUAGGCACCUUCACCCCACCCGAUCUGAGUGAGCCCCACGGAGAGGACGACUGAAUUUCAGCGUGAUUAUGCCCUCCCAGGCUCCUGUAGGGUGGAGCCCAGGGCCCAUCUCUGUUCCUGUUUGUUUUGAAAUACCGUUGUGUGUUUUGUAUCUGUGGUGCUGGCUUUCAGCACGCUCUGUAUAUAUUGUAAAGAAACCAUUCGGAGUACUUUUCUUUCCCAUUGAGCAGGCAUGGCCCUACAUUCCUGCCCUUUCCACUUUGUUCUGUAACACAGAGAAGAGGAACUUGCAUAUUAGCAGGGCAGCCUUGGUUUCUGCAGAAGAGAACAGAUUUUUCUUGUGUCUUAACACCUCCCCCCUUAAAAAACACAUGGGUCUUUUUGAUCUUAAAUAUUUAAGUCUCCAUUGAAGAGUAGGAGCCAAGCUGCCCAGAUGAGCAGGUGACAGCAACAAUGGCAGAAGGGCACUGCCUUGUCCUGAUACCUGAGCCUCUGGUCCCCAGCCCUCGCCAGGUCCACUUCCCUCCCAGAAAUAAACGAAGCAGCAGCAGUGGAGGAAAUAAAGAUCUCUGAUGAGUGCUGACUGAGGGACCUGCCGUCUCCCCCCGCCUCUCCACAUAGGCGGGAGAACACAGGUGGGGUACCUGUGGCCCCCACAACCUGGUCAGAGAGGUGAGACAGCAAAGAUUUCACUCCACCCCAUGAGCUAAGGCUGGAAAAGUUGGGGGCUAGUGCCUGCCCGGGUCCCAGACCAGUGCUUUCUGAGCCAUCCCUGCUCAGGUCUCUUCAUAGGCAUCACUCAUUGGCGCCCGGGGAGAAGCGAGGGCAAGAACCUCGUCCCGGGCUGGCCAGCCAGGACUGGGGAGCUGCUCUUUAGGACUCACAUCUGCUUCUUCCUCGUCAGGGCGUGCCAGCUCCCUUCAUCCCCUUCCCCUGCCUGUACAUGUGUGGGUACAUGUAUGAAACUUCCUUCUCUUCCCUCACCCUCUCCACAUCUCUCAAGGUCAGAGGACCACAUGCAGAAAAGCGGAGGGCACCUUGUGGAAUGAAAGGGGGCUUCUUGAAUCUUCUCUCCAGGCUGCACAGUGGGGGUAGGAGGGUAAGACUGAAGAAGGGCUAGAGAGAGAACUAUAUACAGGUUUGAGGUCACACAUGUCACUUACUAUCCCAUGUAUCCUAUCACCAUCCCAGUGUCUACUCUGAUGCCCCCAAGAUUCAACUGGGCAGCUAGUUGGCCCUGUCAUUCUGGGCCUUUACCGUUUGUUUUAUUACUAGGGCAUCCCAGGGAGCUUUCCGAUGAUCCUCUGCCAUGGGCCCCUCCCGGGAUCAAGCCCUCCCAGGCCCCAUCCCCAGCCCCUCCUGCCCCAGCCCACCCGCUUGCCUUGGUGCUCAGCCCCCCAUUGGGAGCAGGUUGGGGCGAGUUGGAGGCCCGGGCUGGAGGGGCAGUGUUGCUGUUCUUAGCUUUUAUACCUUUGGCGUUGCUCUGUUGGAUUUAAUUUCAGUCUUCCUUGAUUCUUCCCUUCUGUAAAGUGUACAUUACCAAGUUCCUUGUUUUUUUUAUAUAUAUAUAUAAAUAUAUAUAUAUACAAACUGUACUCUUUUUGCCUUUGUACAUUCAGGCAAGAAGAGAAAAUAAAUCUUUUUAAGAGACAAUCACAAAUCUGUGAGGGCUGCUGGUUAUUUCUCCUGGAGUUUGCUGCUGAGCUGCCUCCUCCUUCCUCCCCACUUUGCCCUUCUCCCUCAGCUUUCCUGAUCUCCCUGGCCCUGCUCCAUGUGCAUCCUCAGCUCCUUCUUCCCUGGCUGAUGGCAAGCUGUUGAAUCCAGUGACAAACCACCUGCCCGGCAGUGUUUUCCAGCUUGGCCACUAGCUCACCCAGGAGUUUUAUUCUGUACCCUGGCCCUUCCUCUUUCCACCCUUAGAUCCCCCUUCACCGAAGUGGCUUGGACCCCUGGGUCCUCUGGGACCUGUCUCCCAAAGGCCCUGACUUUGGACGCUCACCUAUAAAACUAUGCAGCUGGGAUCUCUGUGCCUAAGAGUUUGCACUACUUAAACCUGCCUGGGAGUUAGAACGGAUGCUUUUUAGAAAUGAGUGGGAAGCUAUCCCCAAACACUCCCCUCAGAUUCCAACCUCCAGAGUGCUCUUGUCCAGAGCCCCAAGAAUCAUUCCUGGCUGGUGGAUUCCUGUGGCUACCCCCAUCCGAAUAAGGGCUAAGGGUUUAUGGGUCAAGAGCAUUUGUCAGAAUUUCAAAGGGAUGGUACAUUCGGAAAUACAGCCCGACCAAACCAUUGUUCCUACUCUUUAUUUUACUCUGAUUUCCUCCCCACCUUUUCCCCCUUCUACUUCCUUUUCUUAAUUGGCUUUGGAAUUGAAGUAUAUUUUUAAAUUAUUUGUUGUAUUUAUUGAAUAAAGUUUUUAAUGUCCCUGUUCUUAAAUUUAGACUU